CACCACGAACCUCAAGCCGUCAACCAACCCUCGCAAACACCAGCAACAUCAGAAUGGAUUUCUACGAAGACUUACAUCCUACGAUCCGUCACAUAUCCGUCCGGCAUCCAGACGGGAGUUGCAGAUGCAACGGAACCGCCCUCGAGUUCAACGCGCAUUUGUUCAGUCAACAUAUCGAACAAUAUCUCCCUCCCACCGGGCCAGUUCUCACGAAGAGAGGACAGAUCGCGAAGAGGCAACCCCCGAAGCCGAAAGCACAGCCACAUACAUGGUGGAAAGCUCAAUGCUCGUUCCGGAGCCUGAACCCGAAAGGGACAGUAGCAGAAUUACAGGCGCGAUUGAGAGGCCACGAGAAGGAUCCCAUUUCGAAGGGCAAUCUGGAGCUUCUCGAAAGGGCGAAGAAGGAAAUCAAGAUCAAGCGGGAUGAAGCAACCGAAAUCAAGUGGCUUCAUAAUAUGUCUGCGGAAGAGAAGAUGCGAACCAAUCCCGGAAGGUACCUGAAGGAAGCUUUUCCUUCUGGGGACACCGGAACAGGAGUCCUUGUGAUCAAAUGCUGGCAUAUGUCGACAAUUGCACCACUGGCUGAGGAUAUUGGGCUUGAAUGCGAAACUGUCGAAGCACCGAUAAACAGAGAUCACUUCAUGCCAAUAUCCGAGGAUUUAUGGGUUGUCGUUGGACAAAACAAAGCAAUCGUCGCAGAGAAAGUACGCUCAAUAUCGAGAGAAGCACAGCGGAUCAAGAAGGAGAUCAGACAUGAAGAAGAGGAACAAAGGAGGGAUGAGGAAGCUAUCGAGAAGAAGAAACAGCAGGACCUGAAAAAGGCCCUGGCUAAGUCGAAGGACUGGGAUGCUACUGGAAGCUGGAAGAUAAACUGUCCGUAUAUCGAAGAAAAUUGGUCCCGCGAGCAUUGGGAUGAAGAGGAAUUGAGCCUUCAAAUAUACCAGGAGAGAACAGCUAAGGGGGCUCAGAUGUUUGCCAAGUUCAACUUCGGAGUCACCACUGGAGUCUUCAGGUUUGAGCGUCAGCGAGAUGAUACCAAGGCGAAGAUUGCCAAGCCAGACACACACGCGAACAAGAAGAAAAGGAAAAGAUAUGAUUCCGAAGACGAGGAUAACCACGAGGACAAUAGCUCUGAGGAGGAUGGUAUUGAUGGAGAGGAUGACGAAGAGAGGGAGCGGAGCCCUACGCCCGAAGCCUUCUACUUCGGAUCCAUCACUCAACCUUCAGCAAAGCACCAAAUCUGGAAUUAUCGAUGGCGUGGAGAAGAGACAGGGGAAGGGGUUAUUGAGCUUUACUCGGACAAAAGGCUGUUCAAGAUGAAGUUUUUUGGACCAAAGGUUGAGAAGUUAGAGGGGACUUUCGGAGGCGAUAUGUUCGAGGAUUGCACGUUUACGGGCGUGAAGGUUGGCGUUGGAGGCAAGGUCGACAUCGAUAUCUCGGAAGAGUGGUCAGAGCGAAAUGAAGGAGCUUAUGAAAGUGCACGAGUUGGCCGAUGGCAUUAGAACGGCUUCAUUCUUUUCCUUGUAAGAUUUGGUAUAUCGACACAUUUGGUGGGAACCACUUCUUUGCAGGUUCGCACCCAGGAGCUCAAUCUAGCUCUAAUACCGAGAUUUUCUGCAUACUUCACCACUGACAAGCGUCCCUACAAUUGCAUUCGCCA